CUCAGAUGGGGCGGAUUUCGUAGUGCCUCGGUUGACAUUGUUGUUGUUGUGGGAGUCGGAAUGUAGUUUAUAGCAAAGCGUCAAGUCCAAGAGGAAAGUGUGAGUGUGAGUUUUGGAUUAACGCGUAGGAAAAGGAGCGAGUUUCGGUCCAGACUGAGUAAGAAAUUUGCUGGAAGAGGGAACUGGAAUGGGACCGUGAGGAGGAGAUUUGUUCUGCGAGGCCGAGCUGAAGGUGUUGUAGCUGUAGUGGUGUUGAUCGCGGGCUGUAGGAGAGUUGCUCUCCUGUUCCUUUCCGCUGCCCCGAUGUCCCCCUGCAGCGCCGUCACUUCAUGAUCACAUGACCCUGGAUAUGGACGCAGUCCUGUCCGACUUUGUCCGCUCUACAGGAGCCGAACCCGGACUGGCUAGAGACCUGCUGGAGGGUAAGAACUGGGACCUGACGGCCGCCCUGAGCGAUUUCGAGCAGCUGAGGCAGGUGCAUGCUGGGAGUCUGUCCUACUCUUUUCCAGAAGAGAGGGAACAGACGCUGACGGAGCACAAGGACAUGACGAGAGUGGGACGGCCGCUGCUGCACCGACAGGACGACGUGGUACAAGGUGAAGGCUCCCUGCACUCGGACACGCGCACCACCGCUCUCACGCCACCGGAACAAAAUGCAGAAAUAAACCCUGCCACAGAGAAGCGUCUGUCUCGAGGGAUCUCUCACGCCAGUUCCACCAUCGUGUCUCUGGCUCGCUCUCACGUAUCCAGCGUAGGAGGCGGUGGCAUUGGGACCGAGAUGCUCCUGGACACCCCUGUCUGCACUUUCCAGCUGCCGGACCUCACCGUGUACCGUGAAGAUUUCCGUGGCUUCAUCGAGCGCGACCUCAUCGAGCAGUCCAUGAUGGUGGCCCUUGAGCACGCAGGCCGGCUAAACUGGUGGACGAAGCUGGGUUCAGGAUGCCAGAGUCUGUUGCCGUUGGCUACCAGUGGGGACGGAAACUGCCUCCUUCACGCCGCCUCUCUGGGUAUGUGGGGUUUCCACGAUCGAGACCUGAUGCUGCGGAAGUCUCUGUACGCCCUGAUGGACCACGGCCAGGAGAGAGAGGCGCUGAAGCGCAGGUGGAGGUGGCAGCAGACCAUGCAGAACAAAGAGUCAGGGCUGGUGUACACCGAGGAGGAAUGGCAGAAGGAGUGGAAUGAACUGUUGAAGUUGGCCUCUAGUGAACCCAGGAUACACUACAGCACUAACAGCAGCAACGGCGCCGAGUCGCAGGAGGAACCUGUGUAUGAGAGUCUGGAGGAGUUCCAUGUGUUUGUUCUGGCUCAUGUUCUCCGUAGGCCCAUAGUCGUGGUGGCCGACACCAUGCUGAGAGACUCGGGAGGAGAGGCUUUUGCCCCGAUUCCAUUUGGUGGGAUUUAUCUACCCCUGGAGGUCCAGGCUCACAAGUGUCACCGCUCGCCGCUGGUCCUGGCCUACGACCAAGCGCAUUUCUCUGCCCUGGUUUCCAUGGAGCAAAAGGACGGUUCCAAAGAACAAGUGGUGAUUCCUCUGACUGACUCGGAUUAUAAGAUGCUUCCUGUGCACUUUGCUGUGGAUCCUGGCAAGGACUGGGAGUGGGGCAAAGACGACGUGGACAACGUGAUGCUCGCUAGUGUUACUUUAUCUCUGGAGGCGAAGCUCCACCUGCUGCACACCUACAUGAACGUAACAUGGCUUCCUUUGCCGUGUGAGGUACAGCAAGCACCUCUGGCCCAACCCGAGUCUCCGACCGCCUCAGCCGGAGAGGACGCUCGCACGCCUCCGGACUCUGGUGAAUCCGAUAAAGAGUCUGUGAGCAGCAGCUCCAACGGAAAUGGGGACAGCAGCGCAACAGGCAGCAGCAGCGGAACAGCAGGCAAAUCCUCCAGCUCCUCGAGUUCAUCCAGCAGCGGCUCAACCGGAACGAUGGGUAAGGAGAAGAACAAAAAGGACAAAGAAAAGGACAAGGAUAAAGAUAAGAAGAGGGCAGACUCGGUGGCCAACAAGCUGGGAAGCUUUGGCAAGAGUUUGGGCAGCAAGCUGAAGAAGAACGUGGGUGGAUUGAUGACAGGAAAAGCUGCGGCAGGUGGACCAGGAAAACCUGAAGGUGCAGAGAAGAAAAAAGGGUCCCUUCGCGGACGCAAAGACAGCAGGGACGGAAAAGACGGCUCUUCCUCGACCAAUCCCGGCUCGGAGGACUCGGGCAAAGGCUCUCCGUCCUCGCAGAACGGAAACAGCUCUUCGGAAGGAGACUCGUACAAGUACAGUGCUGACGUAAAGGCGAGUCUGAGCAUCCUGCGUGCAGCUAUGCAGGGUGAAAGACGCUACAUUUUUGCCGGCCUUCUGACUACAAGCGAUAGGCAGCCGUACCAGGAAGAGAUGAUUCAGCGAUACCUUUUGGAUGCUGAGGAACGUUUUCGUGCAGAGCAGGAGCAGAAAAGGGAGGCUGAGCGCAAAGCGGUAAUAAAUGGAGCACAAGCCAAGAAAGAGCAGUCAGAAACUGGCUUACGUGGCUUUGACGGAAAAGAGGAUGUGACCGAAGCGCCGCAUCCCCAUUAUAACACCGUCAAAUCACCCUCUUUUACCCCAUCAAUGUAUACAGGUGUUGUGCCCAUUCCUAGAGCCAACUUCCUGGAACACUCACCCUCGCCACUCCCCCAGCACCUUCACAUUUCCGGUUACAUGGACACCCGCCGCCAGCUAGCUGGUGGCUCACCAUCCACUUACCCAGGCCUGCCGUCCUACGCCACCCUACCACGCCACUGCCCCCUGAGCCAAGGCCCCGUCCAUGCUCACACUCAUUACCAUCCACCAACCCCUAGCUGUGCAGCACCUUGCUUCUCAUCCGCUUACAACCAUCCGCAGGAUAUACCUGAGCUCCACAGUGAGUCGGUUGCUGGCGCGUAUGCCAACGGCUUGCUAUCAGGACUGGACAGCCGAGGAGGGCCGCCACCGGUCAGGCACUAUUCUCUGGGCAGCGCUGGUGGAUUGGCAAGCCUGCAGUCAACCCGGUGCCGAACACCGACCUGCAACUAUUACGGACACCCAGAAACCUGCAAUUACUGCUCGUACUGCUACAGAGAGGAGCUGAAAAGAAGAGAAACUGACACAGCCAUGCACAGGUUCUAAGGUGGAACCACAUUUACCUGGUACCUUGUAGUGCUGUCUUCUCCACGUGAGACUCAGCAGGUCUCAAGCAGGAUUUCAACGGGCCUUCCUGUGCCGUCGUGAAGGGACUACGCUUAGUCAACACUAAGGGGAUGGGGCACAAAGUCAGGAGUCCGUACCUCUGUUGCUUUUGCAGUGGAUUUUAGGCGGUAGAUUUGUUGUCGGCGCUGUCGUGCCGUUCUUACUCGCUAUGUCACCGUCGCAACACUUCACGAUUGCGAUGAGUAUCGAGGCAGUCUUUUUUUUGUCCUGAGUGGGGCAGACUUGUGCUGCAUUGCGUAAAAGACAUGACAUGCAAAAUAUUUGACAUGAAGCACAACCAGAAGAUGCACAUGUGUACAGCUUCACAUUUACUAGACUUUCAGUGACUCUUGGGGGAAUGUUGGCAUGGGAUGAAUAAGGUUUUAGUAGAGCCCAUUUUGCCAUAUGAUUGUAGAGAAAAGAUUUUUUUUUUUUCUUCUCCUCCCCCCCCAAUGUUUCAGCUCUGCCCCAAAGCCAUGUCCUAACAGGAUUCUUCUGACCAUUUUGCUCGUCUGGCAUCUCCAAAACCUUAGGCAGUCAAAUUUCUGACUGUAUAGUAACUUGUUGUAGGUGAAGGUGAGGCGUGAAUCUAGCAGGUACAGAAAGCAGUUAACAUCGUGUCCACAUCAGCAAGACACUCGUUAAGGCGCCGUAUUAAUUUCUCCGAAUUAAUGACACUAGUUCAUCCUGCUGUAAUCAUCUGCUAAAGUCUUUAGAUAUUGUUACCCUCAAAUAAAGUACUCGAAGGUUUGAGGAAUAUUUUUGAAAUCCUCUGAAGCUAAAUCCCACCUGUAGGGCAAAUAGAAAUAGCAAGACGUGCUGUUUUUUUGUUUUUUUUUCCCCCUAAAUAAUAAAAGGUGCAUCAGUGGACUUUUCUCUGCACAAAGUCAAGCACUUUUCUAGUAUCCUGACAUUGUGUGUUUUUCUUUGGUGUGAAGAUAAUGAAGACGUUCGACUGUUCUGUUCACCAUCAGACGGUGUGUUGGUGAGACUCCGUGAAGGAGCUCAACGAUAAUUUGACUCGACCUCGCUGUUUCCUAGUUGCCUUUCCUAGUCUCGCUCCAGUCCUUGUCGAGAUUAUUGAACGUACAGGUUAAUUUCUCAAAGCACUGGUGAAAUAUAGUUUUCAGAAGUAGGCAUGUGUCCAUAAUGAAAAACCACAGCAUUGGUAUUCUGAAGUAAAUGAGCGUGUUUAUACGGAUCCUUAUUUCAAACAUAUCUAGAAGAAAUGAGAUGAACUUCUGAAAAGCUAGUAAAAUGUGUGAAUAAUGCUAAUAAACCCUAAUAAACAAAUAGUAAAUUAUUUUUUAAAAAUCCGAGGUACUCGAUUCUCCGUACACUGAAUACUGCUUUUACUACAAACCCGAAAGAAAGAAAAAAACAACAAAAACAAAUGUCUGUCUUUUUAUUUAAAAACGUUCUUGUUCACCUGCUGAUCUCAUCUCGUUGACCCGUUGUCGUCGGUCAGUGCACGAGAGCUGAAGAAAUCAAUCGGCGUAGUCGAAAACGAACACGAGAGCACCGUCAGUCUUUAAAAAAAAGCAAACAAAAAAAAAAAACGGCCAUAACGAACGAGUGUACAGCCUGUAGGACGGUUCCUUGGUAUAAUCCUGCGUGUUGUACUGUGUGUAAUGUAGUCCGUCGCACUGCGUUUAAGAUACAAAAAAAAAAAAGAAAAAGCUUCAAAGUGAACACACUUACUCAUUUCUCUGAACUAUGCUUUAGUGCUUUAAAAAUUAGUGAACGGUGCUGCUGAGAUUCUUGGGCUCGCUAAGCGCUAAGCUCCAGAACCUGAAGAUGUUCUCCUGCACUGCUCUGCUAUAUGCAAUAAUUCAGUUUUCUGUUGACCAAAAAACUGCAUCAGUACUGUUCUUGUGACCCCUUAAAGUGGCAACCGGGUGUAUGUUAAUACACCGUGAACGGUUCUGAUUGUAAGAUGAGCUACAGGGAAGGGUUUUUUUUUUCCGUUAACGUGAUUCGCUGUUUUGUCCAGUGGAGGGCGCAGUUGUGUAGUUCUUCAGUAUUUGGUUUGUUAAAUAGCUGAGAAAACACCAACAGUAUCAGUAAUUAUUAUUAAUAACCCAGUAAAAGUGCUAAAAAGUGCUUCAGAUUUCUAAACUCUAGGGUUGCACCGAUUUCCAUCUUAAUCUCCAUCUUUUAGCUAAGUUUCUGUAGGUUUCACGUGAGAGCAACUGCCUACAGAAGUAACAUUACCUACAGUCUUAGAUUCAAGGGUUAUUUAAAGGCUCUUUAAGGGUUCUUUAAGGGCUCUUUGAUGGUUCUGUAAGGGUUCUUUAAAGGCUCUGUAAGGGUUCUGUAAGGGUUCUUUAAAGGCUCUGUAAGGGUUCUGUAAGGGUUCUUUAAAGGCUCUGUAAGGGUUCUGUAAGGGUUCUUUGCUUCCUGAAAGGUUUCUAAUACUGAAACCCUCGUUGUUGGAUUCUAUGUAGAACCUUUAAGGGUCCCUACAAAUUUCCAUGCGUAUUUACAUAUUUAUACGCAGAUCUUUUUUCAUUCUUCCAUCUGAACACAAAGGAGUUUAUUUGUAAAUCAUUCAUUUACACAAGACAUUUGGUAUCGACAGUCUACCAGUUAUUUAAUAUCCUACGUUUCACUCGUGAUUUUGAGUAAACGUACGUAUAAGGAAGCUCUCGGUAACGUGACCCAUCAAAAACGUUUCGUUGUCGAUGAGUUACUGUGAGUUUUAAUUUAUUUAUCUGUCACACGGUCCGGUUUCAUUUCUUUCUGUUAGACAGCAGUUUAAUGAACAUUUUGUUGAACUCGGUCGCUUCACAGAAACUCUUCUAAUAAAGUGAAUAAUUAAUAACGUUGCCCUAUAAAAGGAUCGAGGCGUUUCCGUCACCAGUUACUUGGCAUUUUGAGGUUUUCAGUGAGCAUUUUGUGAGUGCGGCUAACUGGAAAUCAGCUUUGUUUGUUUUGUUUUUUUUACAUUUAUUGAGGAAAGUCAGUAUGGAAAUCUGGCAAGAUUUUAUUUUUCCUGGUUUCACAUUUACACACACACCUGAACCCGGUGGUCUGAGUCCUGAGGCUUGUAUACGUUCUGCUCCACCAUUGAACUCCUUCAACAUUUACUUUUGUAUAUUUUAAUACCUAAGCAUUUAAAUGCUUAGCUAUUAAUUUACCAGCUGGUCAACUAAAGCUCACUGCUUGCUUCCGUACAUUUAUUCUGGUGUAUUAGUCAGGAGGAUUUUGUGUAGGUUGCAAAGAAUGUCCUUAAACUUGUUUGAGAUUUUUAAAAAAAUAUUUUCCGUGUUUUUUUCCCCCCCAAAUCCAGUCCAAUAUCUAACAACAACGUGUGUGUGUGUGUGUGUGUGUGUGUGUGUGUGUGUGUGUGUGUGUGUGUGUGUGUGUGUGUAGUCCACUUAAAAGUAUUAUAGUUAAAACCACAAACUUGUCCCCACCAAAAACAAUCCAGCUGAACGUUUGUUUGUUUGUUUGUUUUUUCUUUCCAUUUCUCUGUUGUUUCUUGCUGUAGCUAACGUUCGUCUUAACACAACGCACUAUCACUAAACCUUUUUUUGUAUUUAAAAACAAAAACAAAGACGGCGGUUGUACAAAUACGUUCGAGUUAUUUUUGUACAGUGAGAGCAGUUUUACAGUGUUUCUAACAAUGAGAAUGUACAGGGUUUGUGGGACACUGAGGAAAGAGAAGGGAUGAAGCAGUCAGUAUUCGUGUGUGUGUGUGUGUGUGUGUGUGUGUGUGUGUGUGUGUGUGUGUGAGAGAGAGAGAGAGACGGAGAGAGAUUUAAAGGCUGAUCAACAGGAGCCUCUUCAGUGCUCUGGACUCUCGUGCAAACACUAAUUUCUUCUAAAAGACCUAAAAUGCUAUGAUUUUGAAUAUGUAUAUUUAUAAUAAGAUUUUUUUUUCCUAAAGUUUUUUUUUUUCUCCUUCCUUCCAAAACUAGGAUGUUCUUUCUUAGCUUGGUGUCUCUGACAGGCCUCCAGACUUUUCAUUUCGACUCAGCAGGCUUCAUUUUGUUGUGGUGUACCAGACUUGACUAUUUUUAUACUGUAUAUUUUAACGUGUGACAGAACGCCGUUCAUCAGCUUCCACCCGUUUGCAUGAGACUGAACCUGGUGCAUGUACAGAUGCAAUUUAUUCAACCAAAUUUUUUAUUCUUUUGGUUAAUCGGGCAAAUUUGGGUCGGUUAUUUCCGUUUGCAUUACGAGGCAGGCACCGGCUGUGUGACGAUGCAAUCUACAUUGAAAGAACAUCUGGUUUUUAUGUUUGUUUUAUUUUUUUUUUUCCUUUUGCACAGUUCGAAUAAAAUUCUUAUUGUAUUUAAA